AUGGCAAAUUCUGAAAGAGCUGAAGAGAUGCGAGAAAAUUAUCUGAGAAACGGAAAACUACAAGAACUCCCCAAAGUAAGAAAACAAAUUGUUGGACCUUUUGAGAUAUUUCGCUUUGCUGACAGACUGGACAUCACACUCAUGAUCCUGGGAUUACUGGCAUCACUGGUAAACGGAGCCUGUCUUCCUGUAAUGUCACUGAUUUUAGGAGAAAUGAGUGAUAACCUUAUUAGUGGAUGUCUAGUCAAAACCAAUACAACAAAUCACCAGAAUUGUACUCAGUCUCAAGAGAAGCUGAAUGAAGAUAUUACUGUGUUGACCCUAUAUUAUAUUGGAAUUGGAGUUACUGCCUUGGUUUUUGGCUACAUGCAGAUUUCCUUUUGGGUUAUGACUGCAGCACGACAGACCAAAAGAAUUCGAAAACAGUUUUUCCAUUCAAUUUUGGCACAGGACAUCAGCUGGUUUGAUGGUUGUGACAUUGGUGAACUUAACACUCGUAUGACUGAUGACAUCAACAAAAUCAAUGAUGGUAUUGGAGACAAGAUUGCUCUGUUGUUUCAAAACAUGUCUACUUUUUCUAUUGGCCUGGCGAUUGGUUUGGUCAAGGGCUGGAAACUCACCCUGGUGACUCUCUCCACCUCACCUCUUAUAAUUGCUUCAGCAGCCAUGUUUUCUAGGAUAAUGAUCUCAUUGUCCAGUAAGGAAUUAAAUGCCUAUUCCAAAGCUGGGGCUGUGGCAGAAGAAGUCUUGUCAUCCAUCCGAACAGUUGUAGCUUUUGGAGCCCAGGAAAAAGAAAUUCAAAGGUAUACACAGAAUCUAAAAGAUGCAAAGGAUGUUGGCAUAAGAAAGGCUAUAGCUUCAAAACUCUCUCUUGGUGCAGUGUACUUCUUUAUGAAUGGAACCUAUGGACUUGCUUUUUGGUAUGGCACCUCUUUGAUUCUUAGUGGAGAACCUGGUUAUACCAUCGGAACUGUUCUUGCUGUUUUUUUUAGUGUAAUCCAUAGUAGCUACUGCAUUGGAACAGCAGCCCCUAGCUUUGAAACCUUCACUAUAGCCAAGGGAGCCGCCUUUAAUAUUUUCCAGGUUAUUGACAAGAAACCUGCUAUAGAUAAUUUUUCAACAACAGGAUAUAAACCAGAAUGCAUAGAAGGAACUGUGGAAUUUAAAAAUGUUUCUUUCAGUUAUCCAUCAAGACCAUCUAUCAAGAUCCUAAAAGGUCUGAAUCUCAAAAUUAAGUCUGGAGAGACAGUAGCCUUGGUUGGCCCCAACGGCAGUGGGAAGAGUACUGCAGUCCAGCUUCUUCAGAGGUUAUAUGAUCCUGACAACGGCUUUAUCACAGUAGAUGGGAAUGACAUCAGAACUUUAAAUGUUCAGUAUUAUCGAGAACAUAUUGGAGUGGUCAGCCAAGAGCCUGUUUUGUUUGGGACCACCAUUAAUAAUAAUAUUAAAUAUGGACGAGAUGGUGUGACCGAUGAAGAGAUUGAGAAAGCAGCAAAGGAAGCAAAUGCUUAUGAUUUUAUAAUGGAGUUUCCCAAUAAAUUUAAUACCUUGGUAGGAGAAAAAGGAGCACAAAUGAGUGGAGGACAGAAACAGAGAAUCGCAAUUGCUUGAGCUUUAGUUAGAAACCCAAAGAUCCUGAUCUUAGAUGAGGCUACAUCUGCCCUAGAUACAGAAAGUGAAUCAGUUGUUCAAGCUGCAUUGGAGAAGGCAAGCAAAGGUCGAACUACAAUUGUCAUAGCACACCAACUUUCCACUAUUCGAAGUGCAGAUCUGAUUGUGACCAUAAAAGAUGGGAUGGUGGCAGAAAAAGGAAUACAUGCUGAAUUAAUGGCAAAACAAGGUCUAUAUUAUUCACUUGUAAUGUCACAGGAUAUUAAAAAAGCUGAUGAACAGAUGGGACCAAUGGCAUAUUCUACUGAAAAAAAUACCAACUCGGUUUCUCUGUGCUCUAUGAGUAACAUCAAGUCAGAGUUUACUGGCAAGUCUGAGGAAUCCAUCCAAUAUAAAGAGACAAGUCUUCCUGAAGUUUCUAUGUUAAAAAUUUUUAAAUUAAACAAGUCUGAAUGGCUUUCUGUGGUCCUGGGGACAUUGGCUUCUAUUCUAAAUGGAGCUGUUCAUCCAGUAUUUUCCAUCAUCUUUGCAAAAAUCAUAACUAUGUUUGAAAAUGAUGAUAAAACCACAUUAAAGCAUGAUUCAGAGAUUUAUUCCAUGAUAUUUGUCAUUUUGGGUGUUAUUUGCUUUGUCAAUUAUUUCAUUCAGGGAUUAUUUUAUGGCAGAGCAGGGGAAAUUUUAACCAUGAGAUUAAGACAUUUGGCAUUUAAAGCCAUGUUAUAUCAGGAUAUUUCCUGGUUUGAUGAUAAGGAAAACAGCACAGGAGCCUUGACAACAAUAUUAGCCAUGGAUAUAGCACAAAUCCAAGGAGUAACGGGUUCAAGGAUUGGUGUCUUAACACAAAAUGCAACUAACAUGGGACUGUCAGUUAUCAUUUCCUUCAUAUAUGGAUGGGAGAUGACACUCUUGAUUCUGAGUAUUGCUCCAAUACUUGCUCUGACAGGAAUGAUUGAAGCCACAGCUAUGACUGGAUUUGCCAAUAAGGAUAAGCAAGAAUUUAAGCGUGCUGGGAAGGUAGCAACUGAAGCUGUGGGAAAUAUUCGGACUAUAGUGUCAUUAACAAGAGAAAAAGCCUUUGAGCAAACAUACGAGGAGAUGCUUCAGACACAGCACAGAAAUACUUUGAAGAAAGCACAGAUCGUUGGAAGCUGUUAUGCAUUCAGCCAUGCUUUUGUAUAUUUUGCCUAUGCAGUGGGGUUUCGAUUUGGAGUCUAUUUAAUUCAAGCUGGACGAAUGACCCCAGAGGGCAUGUUCAUAGUUUUUACUGCAAUUGCAUAUGGAGCUAUGGCCAUUGGAGAAACACUUGUUUUGGUACCUGAAUAUUCAAGAGCCAAAUCUGGGGCUGCACAUCUGUUUGCUUUGUUGGAAAAGAAACCAACUAUAGACAGCUAUAGUCAAGAAGGGAAAACACCAGAUACAUGUGAAGGGAAUAUAGAGUUUCGAGAGGUCUCUUUUUCCUAUCCAUGUCGCCAGGAUGUUCUCAUCCUUUGUGGCUUAUCCCUAAGUAUUGAGAAAGGAAAGACAGUAGCAUUUGUUGGAAGCAGUGGCUGUGGAAAAAGCACUUCUGUCCACCUUCUGCAGAGAUUUUAUGACCCUAUGAAAGGACAAGUGCUAUUCGAUGGUGUGGAUGCAAAGGAACUGAGUGUACAGUGGCUCCGUUCCCAAAUAGCCAUCGUUUCUCAAGAGCCUGUACUCUUCGACCGUAGCAUUGCUGAGAACAUUGCCUAUGGUGAUAACAGCCGUGUUGUGCCACUCGAUGAAAUAAAAGAAGUAGCAGAUGCAGCAAAUAUCCACUCUUUUGUUGAGGGUCUCCCUGCGAAAUACAACACACACAUUGGACUAAAAGGAACACAGCUUUCUGGAGGCCAGAAACAAAGGCUAGCUAUUGCAAGGGCUCUUCUCCGGAAACCAAAAAUUUUAUUGUUGGACGAGGCCACUUCAGCCCUUGAUAAUGAGAGUGAAAAGGUGGUUCAGCACGCCCUUGAUAAGGCCAGCCAGGGGAGGACUUGCCUAGUGGUUGCUCACAGACUGUCCACAAUACAGAAUGUAGAUUUGAUAGUAGUUCUGCAAAAUGGAAAAAUAAAGGAACAGGGAACUCAUCAAGAGCUCCUGAGAAAUUGAGAUAUAUAUUUUAAAUUAGUAAAUGCACAGUCAAUGCAGUGA